CGGCUCCGCCCCGCAAGCCGCUCGCCGUGAAGGGGCGGGGCCCCGAGUGGGUGGGUCCGCGCACGCGCCGCGUGGGGGACGGAAGUGAAACUCUAAGAAAUGAGAUGGAGAAGUACGAGCGGAUCCGAGUGGUUGGAAGAGGUGCCUUCGGGAUUGUGCACCUGUGCCUGCGAAAGGCUGACCAGAAGCUGGUGAUCAUCAAGCAGAUUCCAGUGGAACAGAUGACCAAGGAAGAGCGGCAGGCAGCCCAGAAUGAGUGCCAGGUCCUCAAGCUGCUCAACCACCCCAAUGUCAUUGAGUACUACGAGAACUUCCUAGAAGACAAAGCCCUCAUGAUCGCCAUGGAAUAUGCACCAGGCGGCACUCUGGCUGAGUUCAUCCAAAAGCGCUGUAAUUCCCUGCUGGAGGAGGAGACCAUCCUGCACUUCUUCGUGCAGAUCCUGCUUGCACUGCAUCAUGUGCACACCCACCUCAUCCUGCACCGAGACCUCAAGACCCAGAACAUCCUGCUUGACAAACAUCGCAUGGUCGUCAAGAUUGGUGAUUUCGGCAUCUCCAAGAUCCUUAGCAGCAAGAGCAAGGCCUACACGGUGCCUGGGCAUGGAGGGGACCUCCAGGGUGCUAGAAGUCUUGAGGCCCAGGACCUAACCCUGCCUCCUCCCCUCCCCCUAAAAAACCCUUGGCCCUUUAGCCCCUGUUUGCGUGGUUCUGCAGGAGGAAGCCCCUUGGCUUGCUUUGAGAAGAAGCUGUCCGCAAAUAGGCUUUUGCGCAGAGCCCCGGUCUUCCCUCCCUGCAGGGCUGUGAUCCCAGCUUCUCUCCUGCAGGUGGUGGGUACCCCAUGCUAUAUCUCCCCUGAGCUGUGUGAGGGCAAGCCCUACAACCAGAAGAGUGACAUCUGGGCCCUGGGCUGUGUCCUCUACGAGCUGGCCAGCCUCAAGAGGGCUUUCGAGGCUGCGAACCUGCCAGCACUGGUGCUGAAGAUCAUGAGUGGCACCUUUGCACCUAUCUCUGACCGGUACAGCCCUGAGCUUCGCCAGCUGGUCCUGAGUCUACUCAGCCUGGAGCCUGCCCAGCGGCCACCACUCAGCCACAUCAUGGCACAGCCCCUCUGCAUCCGUGCCCUCCUCAACCUCCACACCGACGUGGGCAGUGUCUGCAUGCGGAGGGCAGAGAAGUCCGUGGCCCCCAGCAGCACAGGGAGCAGGACCACCAGUGUCCGCUGCAGAGGUAUCCCCCGGGGACCUGUGAGGCCAGCCAUCCCACCACCACUGUCGUCAGUGUAUGCCUGGGGUGGUGGGCUGGGCACCCCCCUGCGGCUGCCAAUGCUCAACACAGAGGUGGUCCAGGUGGCAAUUGGGCGCACGCAGAAAGCCGGCGUCACACGCUCUGGGCGUCUCAUCCUGUGGGAGGCCCCACCCCUAGGUGCAGGCGGAGGCAGUCUCCUCCCUGGGGCAGUGGAGCAGCCACAGCCCCAGUUCAUCUCGCGUUUCCUGGAGGGCCAGUCGGGCGUGACCAUCAAGCACGUGGCCUGUGGGGACUUCUUCACUGCCUGCCUGACCGACCGAGGCAUCAUCAUGACAUUCGGCAGUGGCAGCAAUGGGUGCCUAGGCCACGGCAGCCUCACUGACAUCAGCCAGCCCACCAUUGUGGAGGCUUUGCUGGGCUAUGAGAUGGUGCAGGUAGCCUGUGGGGCCUCUCACGUGCUGGCCCUGUCCACUGAGCGAGAACUAUUUGCCUGGGGCCGUGGAGACAGUGGCAGACUGGGGCUAGGCACCAGGGAGUCCCACAGCUGCCCCCAGCAGGUGCCCAUGCCCCCAGGACAGGAAGCUCAGCGAGUUGUAUGUGGCAUUGACUCCUCCAUGAUCCUCACUGUGCCUGGCCAAGCCCUAGCCUGUGGGAGCAACAGGUUCAACAAGCUGGGCCUGGACCACCUCUCCCUGGGGGAGGAGCCUGUCCCCCACCAGCAAGUGGAGGAGGCCCUGAGCUUCACACUACUAGGCUCUGCACCCCUGGACCAGGAGCCUCUGCUGAGUAUAGACCUGGGCACUGCUCACUCAGCUGCUGUGACUGCCUCGGGUGAUUGCUACACUUUUGGCAGCAAUCAGCACGGGCAGUUGGGCACCAAUGCUCGCCGAGGCAGUCGGGUACCCUGUAAGGUCCAAGGCCUUGAGGGCAUCAAGAUGGCAAUGGUAGCCUGCGGGGAUGCCUUCACUGUAGCUAUUGGGGCAGAGGGUGAAGUGUACUCUUGGGGCAAAGGGGCGCGAGGUCGAUUGGGAAGGAGGGAUGAGGAUGCCGGACUCCCUCGGCCAGUGCAGUUGGAUGAGACACACCCUUACACGGUGACUUCCGUGUCCUGUUGCCAUGGAAACACCCUCCUGGCUGUUCGACCGGUCACAGAUGAGCCAGUACCCCCCUGAGGCACCCGGAUACACCUCUGGACCACCCUGAUAUUGCUUCUCCUCUGAAUGUUCUGAAAAGCGCAGGUGCCCAAGGCAUGACUUGCAGCCGUCUCCUGGAUUGUGUCUUCAUGGGGUAUCAGGGCUGGCAAAACCCCUGCUCUGCUUUUGGCCUUGGAUAUGGAAACCUCAACCACUUUGUUCUCCUACCACCUCUUUGCCCUUCCUACCCCUUCCUCCCUUCAGUCAGUGUCCCCAUGGUCCAGCCUGGCUAGAGUUAGAAGUCAGACCUAGCCUUUGGAAGCAGGGUGGCCUCCAGAGCCUUGCCAUAAAAAGGCUGAAGGCAGCCGGGCGCGCCGGGCGCGGUGGCUCACGCCCGUAAUCCCAGCACUUUGGGAGGCUGAGGCGGGCGGAUCACGAGGUCAGGAGAUAGAGACCAUCCUGGCUAACGUGGUGAAACCCCAUCUCUACUAAAAAUACAAAAAAAUUAGCUGGGCGUGGUGGCGGGCGCCUGUAGUCCCAGCUGCUCAGGAGGCUGAGGCAGGAGAAUGGCGUGAACCCGGGAGGCGGAGCUUGCAGUGAGCCGAGAUCGCGCCAUUGCACUCCAGCUAGGGCGACAGAGCCAGACUCCGUCUCAAAAAAAAAAAAAAAACAAAAAAGGCUGAAGGCAGCUGUAGCUCCACACAGACCCUAUCCUUUCCCCUAGCCCAGUUAGAAAAUAAGUCUGGGCCGGCGGCGGUAGCUCACACCUGCAUAGGCAGUUCUUUGGCCAGGAGGAUCCCUUGUGGCCAGGAGUUGGGAGACCAGCUUGGGGACCAUAGCGAGACGGCUGUCUUCACCAAAAAGAAAAAAAAAUAGAAGAAGAAGAAAAUAAGGCUGGGUGCGGUGGCUCACGCCUGUAAUUCCAGCACUUUGGGAGGCCAAGGCGGGCGGAUCACUUGAGGCCAGUAGAUUGAGGCCAGCCUGGCCAACAUGGUGAAACCCCGUCUCUACUAAAAAUACAAAAAUUAACCAGGCAUGAUGACGGGCGCCUGUAAUCCCAGCUACUCUGGAGGCUAAGGCAGGAGAAUCCCUUGAACCUGGGAGGUGAAGUUUGCAGUGAGCCGAGAUCGCACCACUGCACUCCAGCCUGGAUGACAGAGCAAGACUCCCUCUCAAAAAAAAAGUCUUUGGUGCUUACCGGGACUCUAUCUCCAUGCUUUGGAGCAGGUCAAGCCAGGGCCUGCCUGGACUGGCCAUUGGGCUUGCCUAGCUUCGGCAUAGCCUGGGGCAGGGCGGUCCCCGGGAGUGCUGCCACCUCCCCUACACUUUCAUCCUGAGGCAGGAUUUGCUAGACGUCGGCUUGCCUCUCUUCCCCAGCAGGACGGCAGGAGUCACUAAGUGCUGCAGAAAAGAUCCGCGCUGGAGAUUGCCCGUCACCCCAUGCCUUUCCCCAGAAACAGUUGAGAGAAUGGGUAGCUGGUGGGACCAGACCGGUUUCCCAGAGGACAGGAAGUAAAGCCAAUAAAAAUAUCAGCUGCC